AUGAGACUUCAAGAAACUUUACUUUGUGCACUUGGUCCGCUCUCUGGCUCUGGAGCAGGUCACUUGGCUCUUCACGAUCUCAAAACCGGCACAACUCUGGCUACGUACAAACAAAACACAUCGGCCGUACGCAAUGUCUCUGUAGUCGAGUCCCAAAAUGGACAGGGCGGAUACAUUAUCUCUGCUCAGACCGAUAAGCCUAUUUUGAAUGUCUACCAUUUUCAAAAGGACCAAUUAGCACAACGUUUAGUCAUUCCUGAACGGCCGGAACAGCAAAUGGGCGCAUUUAUCUCUGGGAGGCACGUUAUCUUACCUACUUCUCGACUAAUUAAAAUUUUUGACAAUCCAUCUCGGCAACGUAUACAAGUACUAAAAUUUACAACGGACGAUGCCGCAAUCGUCUCAGCAUCCGACGAUUCGGGCGUGAGCGUUUGGAGUGUUGCCAGCUUAGUAGACAAUCAAUUGCAACAUGAGUUGCCUGUACCUUACUGUAACCUCUCCGACCAUACACUUCCUGUUUUGGACGUCGAUCAUUCCGUCAAGAUAUGGAACCUAAGUACACCUUCACAUCCGUUAAUCGGAACAUUCACCUUUCCCUAUGCUAUGCAAAUGGCCGCUAUGGACCGUGCUCAGCGGGUGAUUUUCGCCGCAUCAGCCGCAGGACAUGUUCAUCGGAUUAACCUUUUCAAGCCGGAUGAUAAUCGUCGUGGCAUGGAAGCUGUCACUGGUGACACUCGUCCAUCAGAGGCUGAAAUAACAGUCGGACAGCCUAUCACAUCCCUCUGCAUAUCGUUCACUUCUACCUAUCUCUUGGUCGGCACCGCAUCUGGCUCUAUUCUUAUCUAUGAUCUCGAAUCUCACCAACUUUUGCGCACAAUCGCAACGCACAAAGAUAAAGGUCUAGCGAUUAUCUACUUGCAGUGUAUGCUCAAACCAAUAGACCACGACACAAGAGAAAAGGAUCCAAUUCCGUUAAAACCGGUCGUCCCGUUCCAGAGAACGAGGGAUCUCAAAGCGCGGGAGACUCAUCAAGUAAUGGUAAUGAUUCCUCCCCGAGUCGAGGAGGCUCAUACCAACUCCGACUCCGAUGAACUCUUGGCUGGACAAGCUUACUUCCUGAACCCUCAGUCUCAAUCGAGAAGAGGUGGAUCUGGCUCGAAUGCCCGAGUCACAGAACUUGAAGAGGAAGUUGCACAACUUCGCGCCGCGCUUGACCAAGCUAAAGGCAUCAAUGACUCAAUGUGGGAGACUAUGGUCAAUACUCUGUUACCCAAAAGCAAUCCUACUCCGAACGAAACAGCGGGAGUAGAUUACAUGGCAGUGGAUCCAAGUCCAGCCGGAAGAAAACGAGCACGCAAAACAAAUUAA